CAUAUACACAGCGCACGCUUUUAGUAGUAUCAACCAUUCGUUAAACUCGGGCAGGAUUUUGUUCACUUAUUUACCGUUAUGUCAAAAAGGAGACGAACGAGUAAACACAGAAGGCAGCCAACCAAGGAUAGCCAGAUACCUAAGUUGAUGUCAGCUAAAACCUUGUGUUUCGUACUGAUCGUCACGUUCUUCUUAUCCACAUUCGGCACUCUUGUAAGGGUCAGUGAGAGCAUGCCCGGAAAUGUCUACAGAAUCAAGGAGACAGUUGGAUGGCAGACCAUUAUGUAUCAUCACCGAAAGUUCAUGCAUAUGACCAGCACUUUCAUGGAUUCACUGGAGCACCGGGACCCUGUAAAAGAACAAUCAACUGCCACCAAUGUUAAGAAAAAGAUCAUUAGGUUUGAACCAAUCGUUCAACCAGCAGCAUCUGUAGCAAGAAACAUCAUCUCAAGAUACCCUGACUACUCCUCUUUAAAAGUAAACACAAAUGAUGUACAUGGAAUAGCUAAUGCUUCCAAUUCUCAUAUCAAAAUAACCAACUCUAGAAUAUGCAUCGAUGAUAAUAUAACCGUUCGCAUUGAACUGCGUAAUGGCUUAGAUGAACGAAUGGUCACUGGCGGCGAUUUCCUCCGUAUAUGGAUGAAAGAUGACCACAGUCAUUCAAGUGUGGCCGGAUAUGUCAUAGAUCACAUGAAUGGUACUUACACGGGAGUUGUCAGGGCGGCAUGGAAAGGUCGGGCAACUGUUAAAGUGUCUGUCGGUCACACAAAGGAGCAGGUAGCAUUGUAUGCCCAGUAUUUCAACAAAUAUGGCGCCUUCAAGUACACAAACGCUACCUUCUUCUCUGUACAUCCGAAUGUCAAAGAGUCGACCCAAUGUAGCUCCACACACUGGCAGGUGGAGCAGAGAUACAGAGGGUACUGCAACUUCACGGAGAAAAACUACAACAUUUCAUACUUCUGUGGUCAGCCCAGAUACUUCGAUUGUGAGGACUGGAAGCAAUAUGGCUGGGAUGACGUCAUGUAUCUUGACCGUCGAGAGAUUCACAUCAUGAAGGCAUUUUCUCACGCACUGAUUGAUGCAAUACCGAUAGAAAUUCAAGCAAAGCGAUUUCCCAUUCCAUACCCCCGCCUGCCAUGUCACCUGCUAGAGAAACACUACACGUGGACUGCCAGUGUACCUGUAGGGUAUAGACAUAUGGGACUCUGGCAUUCUACACAGUGUUCCAACCACAUCGCCAGACGUACCAAGGCAUACAUCAACUGUCUCGCUGCACGCUCUACCAUAUUUGUUGGCGACUCGACAACACGACAGUGGUUCAAACACCUGGUCAAAAUACUAGGUAUUGACCUUGAAAACCAAGCCUUUGCCAAAAACGAUUCUCGAGGAUGGCAGAAACACAUCAGGGCCAAGUCAAAGAGAUAUGCCAUUAAAAUGGAGUGGAUGCCACAUGAGCAUCCGUUUGCUGGAACCCCCGGCUCUGCGAUAUCUAACCUCAAGUCAGUGCAAUAUAGACUGGACAGGAUCGGCGCAAACCGGACCGACAUCGUGGUCAUACAUUGGUUCCUGCACAUUGCCAGGUCAUGUGAUCACAAUGCAUUCCGGGAGCAUGUCCGGAAGGCCAAAUCAGCCAUUGUCCGAUUGUUAGAACGUUCCCCAAACGUUCAAAUUUUCAUUAAGGGUACCCACUCACACACUUACAAGAAUGAAUACAUGCCAUUAGAAUACAUCCGACGGUUUGUGGAACAGGUACUUUAUGAAGAAUUCAUUAACCUUCAAAACAAGGUAACAUACCUGGAAGGAUGGGAGCUUACAGAGGCCAUGGAAAACGACAACGUUCACCCAUCUUUUCACAUAGUUGAUCAAAUGGUACAUAACUUUAUGGCAUUUGCGUGCAAGGAUAUUGAUGGUGACUAACGGCAGUUUAAGUCUUGCCAAACCUCUGAACUUCAUAUGUUGAUAAUAACUAUUAUAUCCGUAAUGGAUAUUGACCUUAUAUUUUGUCACGUGUAUAAAUGAGUUUGGAAGUAACUGUAUUGAAAUGAUAGUUACACACUAUACGAUGCCAAAGGUAGAAAUUCACGAUUCGUAUAUUAAAUCAUCUAGUCACCAGUCGGCAUAUCAUGAUAUACCUUUCUGAUAAGAAAUUUCUUGUUAAAAGACAUACAUGUACGUGUAAUAAACGCAUUUCAUAUAUAGUAUGCCAUGCCACGUGUAUAUAAUUUGUUUAUAUCAUAAAAAUGUAAAAUUGUAUAU